GGACCCCAGGAUCACGCCCUGAGCCAAAGGCAGAUGCUCAACUGCUGAGCCACCCAGGCGUGCCCCCCAAAGGUUUUCUAAUCAGAGGAUCAGGUGGCCAGGGGCGGCUUCCGGAGGCCCCUGGGAAGGCCAUUGCUGCCACGAUCUGGUCAAGGAGAGGUGAUGAGCGGUGUGGUAACCAGCCUGCCUGGGGCCAGUGUGACCCUGACGUGCCCAGGCGGGGAGCCAGAAGACAAUGGCACUGUUCAGUGGCUGCUGCAGAAUCUUGUGGACGACUCCUAUCUGGGCAGCAGGGCUGCUGUGGGGAGGACUCUGCUUCUGAGAUCUGUGCAGCUCAGCGACUCCGGAAACUAUUCGUGUUACCAGGACGGCCGCCUGGCUGGAACUGUGCGUCUGCUGGUGGAUGCCCCUCCCGAGGAGCCCCAGCUUGCCUGCUUCCGAAAGAGUCCCCUGAGCAUGGUAUUCUGUGAGUGGAGUCCUCGGCACCCUCCCUCCCCAAAGACCAGAGCCACGUUACUGGUGAGGAAGUUUCGGGGCCGCCCAGUAGGAGAUUCCCAGGAGCCAUGCCCUUAUGCUCAGGGGCCCCAGAAGUUCUCUUGCCAGCUGGCCGUCCCCGAGGGAGACAACUCCUUGUAUGUCGUGUCCUUGUGCGUCACCAACAGCGCUGGGAGCAGGUCCAGCACUCCACAAACAUUUGAGGGCUACGGAAUCCUUCAGCCUGACCCGCCUGUCAACAUCACCGUCACUGCCGUGGACAGGAACCCCCGCUGGCUCAGGGUCUCCUGGCAAGACCCUCCUUCCUGGAAUUCCUAUUUCUACAGGCUACAGUUUGAACUCCGGUACCGGGCUGAAAGGUCAAAGACGUUCACAAUGUUGAUGAUCAAGGAGUUCCAGCAUCACUGCAUCAUCCAUGACGCCUGGAGGGGCAUGAGGCACGUGGUGCAGCUUCGGGCCCGAGAGGAGUUUGGGCAUGGUUCCUGGAGUACGUGGAGCCAGGAGGCAGUGGGCACCCCCUGGACAGAAUCCAGGAGCCCUGCAGCCGAGACUGAGCUGCCCCACUCCACUCAGGCACCGACCACUAAUGAAGACAAUAAAAAUAAUAUUUCUAAAGAUAUUGCAAAUGCAACCAGCCUCCCAGUGCAAGAUUCUUCUUCAGCACCGCUGCCCACCUUCCUGGUGGCCGGAGGAAGCCUGGCCUUCGGGACACUCCUGUGUGUCGGCAUUGUCCUCAGGUUCAAGAAGACGUGGAAGCUGCAUGCCCUGAAGGAAGGCAAGGCCAGCGUGCACCCGCCGUAUUCUCUGGGACAGCUGGUCCCUGAGAGGCCCAAGCCCACCCCGGUUCGUGUGCCCCUCAUCUCCCCACCAGUGUCCCCCAGCAGCCUUGGGUCUGACAACACCUCGAGGCACAGCCACCCGGAUGCCAGGGGCCCACAGAGCCCCUACGACAUCAGCAAUACAGACUACUUCUUCCCCAGAUAGCUGGCUGGGUGGCGCCUGGCCAGCAGGGCGCCAGACCUGCUGAGCUGUGUGAACAAUGAAGCACAAACCAACUCAUCUCAGGGGCGUGGGGCCUGGAGCUCUGCCUGUGCAGGAGGGCCUCGUGCAAGGUGCUUCACUUCUUGAAACAGGUUUGCUUGCUGCCUCUGUUCAGAAGGAAGAGGUGAUUGAGUCUUGGAACCCUCCUUUCCCAAGUGCCUAAAGGAGCUGGAGUCCAUGCCGGUGCCCAGAGGGGGCAGGACACUCAGGUGGGCAGAGCCGGGUGGUUGCGGAGGCACAAGCUGCAGCCUACAGCAGGUGGCAGGUUUCCUGCUGAGACGCCCCUGGCAGCUCCCGGCACAGCCUCACCUCCCAGCUUGUCUGUGGAACCUCUGCUUUCACGAUUCAGUCUUUCCAGGUCUGAGGAUGGGAGAAGCACCUGCCUUCUUCCCCACACCUGGAAUCAGCACAGAGGUAUUGCUGAGAAUCUCAGGGCCUGUGGGUUUGGCAUGCAGUUGUGAUUAGUUCCUCAUUAGCAUUUUGCUGAAUGUGAAUGGUGACCCAGGCACUUGCUGAAUCCGGAAGCAGGUGCACUAGUCUACUUCCCCUCUUGGGAUCCCAGGACUUCAGGAGGAGGGACCAAGAGGAAGAGGGUCAUGGGGACAGGCCUCCCUGUUCCCAGGGAGGAGAGCUGGCUGCAGGGGGCUUCUGCCUUGGGGGUCCAGGCCUGCGGCUGCUGUACUCCUGCUGCCACGACUUUGUUUUCAGUUGAGCCGAAGAAACAAGGGAAGAUGAUGUUAAUGUGAAAAGACAAAAAGAUCCUGGCAAGAAUGCAUUUUAACUUGCUUUAAAAAAAAAAGAAAGAAAGAAAGAAAGAAACACCUGUUGUUUUAUGUUGAGAGAGUGGGAGAGCCUGUGCUCACUGUCAAUGUAUGAAUAACUUGGGGGGAAAAACUUAGUAACCUUUUUAGCACAAAACAGUCAAGUGAAAAGGGAGAAAACACAGUUUUCCUUUUAAAGCAGAGAGUCUGGUUUCAUUCUACAUCUUGUUUUUGUCUUAAAAAACAUAGUGAAACAUGAAAACAUAGUGUGUGUCUUCUGUAACCUGGGGGCACGCUGUUCCCGUCCUGGCAGCUGUGAACACGGCAUCCAGCGUCCACCCCUGAGCCCCAGGUUGUCCAAGGCCUUGUCACACCAUCCUCUCCCUUGGGGUUAUCCUCUUACGUGACUCCUCAAUUUGCUUCAGGUUGGGUAGGAUUAGGGCACUGACCGAGUAUGUCACCAUGUGUGUUGCUGUGGUGGGGUGGCUACUCACACUUGUGAGUGUGGCCUUGCCAAUUCAGGGAUGUGUGUGGUCACCGCACGGGAUGUCCCAGAGUGAAGCGGUGACUAAAGUCAGCCUUGUGACCACCUAAGAAGUCACCAGACCACAGACUUUUCUAGUAGCCUGUCUUUUUGGAGAAACAAGCACAGUGGCGCACAGGUGGCGACAGGUGGCGACAGGAGGAGGAGAGCCAUGCUUUAUUGACUAUUUGCUGGGUCCCAUCGGUUGUGUGCUCUGGCGCCACGGCCGGGCGGUUCUGUGUGUGACUUUGGGUCCUGAUGCUGCCAGAAGUGAGGCAGGUGUUUGUUGUUGUUUUUCUCUAAAGUUUGAGAACAGCAAAAAUGCUGUUAAAGAGAAAUACACAAAUGAGACUGUGCACGAGAAGCCUCUUCUUUUCCAAGAGUGCCACCAGAGCCAGGCCCCAGGGGUGGCGGAAGAUGAAACAGAUAGCGCAGGCGCUGCUCUGAUCUCCUGUUGUUACUUUCAUUAUUAUUGUAAUGAAACUGCCUUUUUUUUUUUUUUUUAAAGUAUUGGAGAGGGUGUUUUCCCUUUAUUUCUUUAUAAGCUAGUGAAAAUGAAGGAAAAGUAUUUUUCUCUGGAUUGUAGGUCAUGCUCAGUGUGCUCAAGUGCACCUGCUGGGCUUUGCGCUGGAAUCUCGAAACCCUGUCAGUGAGCAUGCCUCAACCGACCUCCCCCAUGUCCUACAGGGCACCUGUUUCCCUCGAGAGGGGUGUUACUCACCUGACCCCUGUACCACAGCCAGACCUGAGAUGACAGCUCUUCUUGCUGGGUGAGAAAAGUUGAAAAUAUGCUGGGUCAAGGUCUCAACUAAUGUGGUCAGUAAUUCUUGUAGCAUUAAUGGAAAUGUUUCUGAAACUUCAAGUGGGUAGCAUUGAAUAGACCUACAAAGCUUUUGGUAACUCUGAGAGCUCUUUGCUCUGACGAGGUCUUGACCUUGAAGUCUGUGUGCCAGGCUCUGGGCUCACAGAACCUCUGCCAGUCCCCUGCUAUCCCAGGGGCAGGAUACCGUGAUGAGGUGUGGCAGCUGCCACUGGAACCAUGUUGGGAGCCUCCCGCUGGUGAGAAGAGCCGUGUGGGGCAGGCUUGACGUGGUCAUGGUAUGUCUGUGGGUUUCCUGCAGAAUGUUUAGGAAUAUCUUGCCCAGCUGAGCUAUAUCCCCUCAUCAAAGGUACUGAAGGUUGACCCACUUGGGGAAGAGUCUGACAUCCAGUUUCAGGUAGAGUUGGUGAGAAAUGUGCCUUCAUUUGGAGAAGCAGGGGCAAUGGGUGGCCCUUCCGAGGUCAUGCCAGCUCUCCCAUGCGGCAGUUGGCAGCGGGGCUAUUGCUGGAAGGCAGGCCAGCUGGCUCAGGCUCUGUGCCAGACACCCCUGUGCAUCCUCUGCAGGUUCUGCUAGCGUUGUGUCCUUGGGGUGGCCUGGGGGCAGUGCCAGGGAGUUUCUAUGACAACCUUACUGAUUAUUAAGGAAUGCUGCCAGUUUUAUGAACAUAUGCUCAAAUGAAUGUCUGCUUUAGGAAGAGGAUUGGAACAGCACGUUAGCAAGGCUGUUAAUUAGCAGAGAAACUGUGUUUGGAUGGGUAUCACACAUCUGUUAAAUAUAAUACCUCAACUUUACCUUUUUUUUAAAGAAAAAUAAUAGUUUUAAUUUUUAAAAAUUUUUUUACCUAACUACCUGAAAGCAAAUACCAAAGGCUGAUGUCUGUAUAUGGGGCAAAGGGUCAGUAUAAUGUUUUUCAAUAUUUUUCUCUUUUUAUCAGCUAUUUUGCAUUCAAAGUGAAAAUUGUACAUGUUUGAAAUAAAUAAUUUCUAAAAAUAUG